AUGUCUGGAACCGAUAGGGUUCCGUCUCCCCCGGAGCCUGCGACAGAGUCGUCUCUACAAGGCCCGGAUCUGGAGCUUUCCCAUAAUCAAACUCCAGACCAAGAGAACGAAGCUAUUGAGAGCACGAUGCCUCCUUUCGAACCAUUGUUCACUCUCCUAACCAACUCAACUACAAAUACUACUGUGCAUCCUCGCGUCCACUACGUCUUCUCCGAUGACGACCCUUCGAUCCUCGCUGCCGGUGCUCAAGACCCGUCGCACCGACCUCUUGUCGUAGAUCUCGCGCCAGCUCCCGAAGGCGAGUCCAACCGAUGGGCUGUGUCCUGGGCCGCCAGUCUAACGCCCGAUUUCGCCGUGACAAACUCGAGCGUAGCUGUCCAGCAGAGUGAGGGUGAAGAGAACGGAGGUGCUGGUGCUCUAAUGCUCCGUGUUGAAGGCAUCGAGCGCGAGCCCGUUGAAAUGCGGCCCGAGUCCCUGCCUAGCUCUGGCAGUGGCGCCAUAGGAGGUGAGGACGUCGAUGUCUUGGCCGAAGAGUUCCGCAGACGGAUGGGAGUGUUGAAGAAGGUGGUUGAUGAGGCUGAAAAGAGGCGUCUGGUGAUAGGACAGGAUGAAGACAUUCCCGAUGCUGAAGAAGACGAUGGUGCACCCGAUGAAGCGGUGGUAGACUAUGAUGAGGACAAGGGGAAGGGGAAGGGGAAGGUGAAAGCAGAGAAUGAUUGA